GGUUGCAAACAUUUGAACCAGCACAUUAACAGGAAGGUUAUUAAAAAAAUAGCCGUUUUCUCGACAUGAAUUUGCUGGUCCCCUAGAGCCUUAUGGGCUAUAAAUACUUCAGGCUUUGCUGUAAAACAUCAAGUUCUUUGUACUAAAAUGACUAAAGUAAAUAAUGACAUCAUCGAAAGUCAAGUAGAUUUGGCAGUGGGUCAGAUGAGUGUGUAGGAAUUCUGCUGAGUUGGGUUGUUGUCUGGGCUGUUUUUUGGGUGCACCAUCACCUCACAGCAAGAAGAUUCCUGGUUCAGAUGAGUGUUGUUUGCACUGUUCUCUGGCCCUUGCUCCUCAAUCCAAACACUGCUUCCGUUGGUUGAUUAGCUGCUGUGGACGGGCUUUCUUGCCUUUGCCUGGAGGUGGCUGGGACGGCUGCAUCUCUCAAUAACGGACAUAAAAUGUAUCAUCAAAGCCUUGAGCAGCCUUGGCCAAUGACAGCAUGUCAGUAGAAAGCUGAGGUGACGCGAAGGUUGGAGGAGAAGCGUCCAGUGUGGGAGAAUGGAGAAUGGAGGGAUGGACAGCAUGUUUUUCUGAGGAAGGUUCCAGCAACAGUCUUCCUCACCUGCUGUGGUGGCGGGCCAGGCUCGGGCGCCUGUAUAAUUUGGUUGGUCUAAUUGCUCUUUUCGGAUAUUCAGAAGAGGAGUUCAGAGCAGGAGAGAGAGGGAGCAGUUCCGCGCUAAGCCACUAUGUAAUUUUAUCCAUGCCCUGUCUCUCACUUCACACAGGGCUGAUACCUUUUUCCUCCCCCUUUCCUUUGUAUCAAUUGGUCGAAGUUCAGCCUAUUGUCGCCACAAGGUUCUUUUAUAUAUGCGCUCGGUGUGAGCAGAGGCUCUCAGUCCGCUCCACAGGAGGGCUUCCAGUUCCAGAAGCUCCAGAGGACGCUCGCAGCUCCACAGCGGCGCUGCUGUCACUGUUGCCCCGUGGGGCUCGGAUGCGCGCGGGGCUGCUGGGUUCUCCAGCAUUCACACUUUGGAUGGGACUCGGAGGACUGGGGAGAAGUUCUCCGUUUUUUCCCCGCAGCCGAACCUCGCCGGCCAUGCCACAAUGCUGGUGAUUCCUCUGCUGCUGUUGCUGAGCCUCCUGGACCCCGUCUGUCCCAGGGCGCGCUGCCCAGCGGGCCAGACCUGCGACCCCCGGCAGCGAAGGGAUGCCGGGGGUCGCGGAGGCGUGUAUGAGCACCUCGGAGGAGCGCCGAGGCGCAGGAAGCUCUACUGCGCCACCAAAUACCACCUUCAGAUCCACCCCAGCGGGAAGAUAGACGGGACCCUGGAGGAGCACAACCCGCUGAGCAUCAUGGAAAUCACUGCAGUGGAAGUGGGCGUCGUGGCCAUUAAAGGUCUUUUCUCUGGCAGAUACCUUGCCAUGAAUGAAAAAGGGAGGCUGUAUGCUUCGGAAGUGUUUAACAAGGAGUGUGAAUUUGUGGAGCGCAUCCUUGAGUUGGGAUACAACACCUAUGCAUCUCGCUACCACUCCACAGAGCUGCCUCAGCCAUCAGGAGGGGGCAGCAAACGGCGGGCCAGCACCGAAAAGCUGUGGUAUGUUUCCAUCAAUGGUAAAGGGCGGCCACGGCGAGGCUUUAAAACUCGUAGCACUGACAAAGCCUCUCUCUUCCUGCCUCGCUUGCUGGGCAACAAGGACCAUGAGAUGGUGAGGAGGCUGAGGGACAGUCGUGCUUCACACCAACACUUGCAUCACAGCAGUCAUCGUGGCGAGCGGCGCCGGCGCCGGCAUCGAGUUAGGAAGGGCCAAGAUCAGCAGCCGGAGGACUCGGCAGACUUUUAGAGGACGUUUGACCUCUGGGUCCUCAGCUCCACUCAAACCGGUAAUCUGGACACAUACUGUAGCUCUGCUGCUGCCAUGAAGGAUGUGGGAUCAGAACUGGGAUCGUUCUUUCUGGAUUGCUGGAGUUGUUGGUGCACAAAGAAAAACAAAAUCUCCAAACGAAGGAAAACUGCGACACCACCAAAGCUUAAGGGGCCCACAAAGGUCAUCUUCUGGAGACGCCAUCAUCACACAUUCCAUAAAGACCGCUGUUUAACCCUGUUGAUGCAACGAAAAUGUUACUCAUCUCUGGACACAUGUACAAAAAUACCUUUCCUUUUGAUUUCAAAAAGUUUCUUUGAUUAAGCAGCCAUUUUACCAAACUGAGAAAGGGCCUCAUGGAGAGCAGAUCUGUUCUCGUCUUCAGGAGCGGCAGCCUCACAGCAAAAAAAAAAAAGGACAAAAAAGGAGAUUGAUUUUUAGAAACGCUAACAAGCAGGACAGCUCCUGAAGAGGGUUUCUGAGGCAAAGCACCUUGUUUAGUUUUCUGUUUUUAGUCAGAUUCACAUUACAAAACAGGAACUGCUGUCUGUUUUUGUGACAGUCCUACGUUGUGAUAGUCUACUGUCUGUAAACUGAGAGAAAUACUUUGUAUAUUGUACUAAUGACAUGAAUAUUUAUUUGGUGCCUAUCUUGUAAGUUAUUGAUGAUGCAUUUUACUAAGGUUGCCCUUUUUUUUAAAGGUUUUUAUUCGCUGUCUGGUUCCAACAUAAAUUGUACUGACCCAACGAA